GGACGACGACGAUGAACCCGCCUCAUAUCCUCAUCGCUCGCAACUCACGAGGGCCCAACAACCUCAACUCCGCCUCUCUCAGCUCCCCUACAGAGACCCACGCCGCUGCAGCCGGGAUAUUCAGGUCCGCCGGCUCCCCGCCCUGGUACUUCGAAGAGUACGAGUCGGAUGGCAUAGCCUCCUCCCUCAGCACAAACGGCGACAUGGAGGACCCCAUCGAGAUCGAAGAGACCUUCACCAGCGCAUACAGCUUCCCCGGGAACGUCAAGAUCGUCGUCGAAGCUACCACGUUCUGGGCUCAUAAAGAGGUCCUCUACUUUGCCUCCGCCUUCUUCCAGGCCGCGCUCAGCGGCGGCUGGGCCGAAACGGAGCGCGAUACAGCGCGCCCCCAGUCCAUGUCCUCUGUGAUCACCAUCUCGCAGCCACCCACGGUGCCCGGCGGCAGUGCCUCCUCACAGCGGCAGUCCGAGAUCACGUUCGCGCCUAUGGACCCAGACUUGGACCCGGACGAGCUCGCGUUUGACGUCGACAUCAUCCGCGACGACCUGACCGACGGCGAGAGCGAGCUGAGCUCCGAGGACAAGGCGAAGGCCCGUGAGGACAGCCUGAGCAAGCUGGAGCAAUCAAGCCCCGCGACGCCGACCAGUCCCAAUACGACGUUGAAAGGCAAGGCAAAGGCCCCGGAUGUGGACGGCAAACCGCCGGCGUCGCUCGCGUCCCGAACAUCAAAGCGGCGGCAGACGCGACUGCAGGACAAACGGCCAGACGCGAUCAUCGUGCUCAAGGAAGAGAAGGCUAGUACCUUCCACGACUUCCUGAAAUAUAUCUAUCCCCACCUCGUGUGCACGAUCACCUGGAACAACGUCGAGGGGCUCAUGAACAUCUCGCAUAAGCUGCACGUCCCCGCGCUGCAGACGGAGUGCCUCACGUUCCUGCUCACGCACGCGGCGGGCCGCCCGCUCAAGGCGAUGCGCAUCGCGGAGCUCUUCGACGAGGAGGCGCUCUACAGCGAGGCGAGCCGCUUCGUGCUAGACAACCCCGGUGGCUGGUCCGAGGACGAGCUGAGCACGCUCAGCCCCGCGACGCUGCUCAAGCUCGAGAAGCGCCGUACGUGGUUCCUCGAGCGCGUCCUCAAGCUCGGGCUCGUGCAGAUCGCGAAAGAGUACCAAUGUUGUCUCUCGUGUCCGGACCCAGCGAACUGCGCACGCCUGCUCGAGGAGAAGUGGAAGCAGGCGUAUCAGGCUGUGUUCCGCUUUGGGCCCUGCCAGCCGUCCAUGGUCUUCCGGUACCUCCGCACGUUCGAGGGCGUCAGCCCGCCGCUCUCGCUCACGCACCUCAGCUGCCAGACGACCGCGAAGGCGUUCGUCGCUACCUUGUUCGACCGCAUGUUCUCCUUGGGCGUACGUGGCAGCGGGACAGACACCGCGCCGCUCGGGGCGCGCGUAGCUGCUGUCGCGGGGACGGCGACGCUGGGCCCUCGGCGACAUUUCCUUUAUUGCACGCUGCACAACGAGCCGGCGCGGUCGAAGCGGUCGCGCGAGCAGACGUGACCGCGGGUUUGGUUGCUCCGAUAUGACGAUAUCUUGUUCUUGGUUGUUAUCCAUGUUUUCGACUAUCUUAUUCCCCUUCGCUUCCUCCAGUUCGUUCUUCUGGACAAUAUAUC